ACAAUUUGUGUCUAUUUUUGGACGUUGGACGGAUGUAAGUGUGUGUGCUCUGUGAAUUUAGGUCGAAGUAGGUUAAAAUAGGGAAGUUUUCAUGAAUGCUGUGGCAAAAUUAUGUCAAACGAAAUGAAAGAUUUCACUGCUACAGCCCUUGACCAGUCCUCAGUUCCUUCCCUUGAUCAUGGAGUCGUGUCGAUGUCCUCAGAAGGCAUGAUGCAGAUCAUUCCCCCACCCACAGUCAGCGUAAAUAAGUCCCCUCAUGGAGGGCCACUGGACAAUCUGAAAAUGAUGCCAGGAUCAGAUCACACAGAAAACAUGAUCCACGCCUCUCCCCCACAGAAAGCCAAACCUGACAGUAGUCGCAAGCCUGCAGAGUCUACCAAAACUCAGAUAGAGGUUAUCCCUUGUAAGGUGUGUGGAGACAAGUCCUCCGGUGUUCAUUAUGGAAUUAUUACCUGUGAGGGUUGUAAGGGAUUUUUCCGUCGGAGUCAGGCUGGUCCUGUGAAUUACCAGUGCCCAAGAAACAAAAACUGUGUCAUAGAUCGAGUCAACCGGAACAGGUGUCAAUUCUGUCGCCUCCAGAAGUGCCUGGCACUGGGCAUGUCUCGAGAUGCUGUGAAGUUUGGCAGAAUGUCAAAGAAACAGAGAGAAAGAGUGGAAGACGAGGCCAAUUAUGUCAAACAGUCACGCAUGAACGGGUAUGAAUCCUCCUGUGGAAUGCCAUCUAGCAACAACAACAAUCAGUUUUCUAUAUAUAAUGACUGUCACCUGAUGUAUACCUCAAAUGGCUAUGCCUACACCCUCCCCUCUCCAGCCUCAGAGAGUCAGCCAGAGACGCCUGUGUCCCCCGAACCUCCGAGUUACAACUCGACUCAGGUCACCUCCCAGCCCCACCCCAUAGCUCUCCUGAGGGCAGUCGACCUCAUGGAUCCAGUGAUGCUUGGGAAGGCAGUGACGGAAGCCCACAUGAGGACAUGUUUAUACAGUAAAGAUCAGAUAGAACACAUCAAAUCCAGCCUAACACCUCAGGACAUCAUAGAUGCCUUCAAAUCUAUGACAAGAAGCCAGCUGUUGUCAGAAGUGGCCGAGAAGAUUACCAUUGCUGUACAACAAAUCAUCGAGUUCGCCAAAAUGCUACCGGGGUUCAUGGAUCUUUCUCAGGACGAUCAGAUCAUGCUGCUGAAAGCAGGAAGUUUUGAGUUGGCCCUAAUCCGUGCCUGUCGUGUUUAUGAUGAACAGACAAACAGUAUCAUCUUUGGUAACGCCACAGUACCUCUCUCUGUUUUCAGCAGUUUUAAUGAGGAAGAGUGCCAUUUACGAGACCGUGUGUUUGAGUUUGUGCGGACCAUUAAACAGAUGAAGUUAACGGAGAGCGAGAUCGCCUUGUUCAGUGCGGUGGUUCUAAUCAGGGCAGAUCGUCCAGGAUUAAAGGACAUAGCAGAUGUUCAAAAACUGAAUGAAAAAGUUCUGACAGCGUUAAAGCAGGAGCUGAUUAAAACGCACACGGAUGAGAACCUUCUGACGCGACUGAUGCAGCUAACGUGGACAUUACGACAACUUAGCUCCCAACACAUAGUGCUUCUCAAUAAAUAUAAACAGGCAAAUCCAGAGGUGGAGUUCCCUGCCCUUCAUAAGGAACUCUUCAGUGUGGAAGGUUUAGAAGGUUCAUAGAGUCCUCAGUCAAAUUAGAAUGUGUUUUUGAGAAAACAACAUUUGUUCAUUUAUAUAAAAAAGAAAUAAUAUUGUGCUUAUGUUGAUCGGCAAUUCUUAGAGAAGAGUAAUAUAAAAAAUUGUUUUGCUUCACGGGAAUUGUCUGGACAGAAAAAAGAAACUUGUUUUUGACUGAUUUAUAUAUCCUAUUUUUGAAAAAAAAAAAAUUUAUAGAUAUGAUUGUUUUUACUUCUGAUUUUGUGCAUAGCAUGUUCCGUAUAGUAGAAAACUAUAUAUAGAUAUAUAACAGAAGUGUUAAUUACUUAUAUUGUAUACUGCAAAUCUACUUUUAA